AUCCCAUACCAAUUGGUGGUACGCUCUGCUCUGACGUUGUCCAUCUUCGUUACCAUUACUUGGCAUAUCUUUCAUAUCCUUGUUUUCAAGUACGACGUUCGUCCCACAUUCUUCCUGCUCAUUGUCAUUCCGAUCGAAUACGAGCUUGCACGUUCAAUUGUACCAGAGGCAUAUCCUCUGCUCCCCGUCAACACCACCAUUCUCCCCAAUUUUCCAAAAGGAAAACACCCCCUCCUCGUUAGAACGGGUUGCGAUUUUGACAUAAAAAACACGGCAGGACUCUGGAAAUUUGGCCUCGCCGUCCUCCUCGUCCCCUUUGUCGACAGAUUAGGGGAUAAUCAAACGUCUUUCAUGUACAUAGCAGCUUCAUGGCAAGACGAACCAUUAGCUAUUCUGCUUGCUAGUGCGUUUGCCGGUGUUAAAAGCAACCCUUCGAUAAUCGAACCGCACCCUCGAGAUCUUCAUGCCACCUUUACGGAAGAGGAUGGUAACGGAAACACUCUAGAGAGAUUUCGUGCUCGCGGCGUUCGUGACGACAGUGGGGUUGAGCUGGAUCUGACCAAGACAGGCGCUGGUUCGUCUCCUUGGUCCGAGAGGGCCUUCACCGACAUACUUAACUUCCCUUCGUUCGGUCUAUAUAGCGGGGACCUUUGUUUGGUACAUUUCCAACAUCUAUCAAAAACUCAUUCAUUCGUCCACGGGAAUGUAGCUAUAAGUGCACCAACAUUAUUCAGCGAUGAGAAAAUCUUUAGAAAUGUCUUUGGAACCACUGCGAGCAAGUCAUUCUACGAAGGGCUUAACGUCAACUGUCAACAUUUCGCUUCAUGGAACUUCCGGGCGAUGGAGAACAAUAAGGGCUAUGGAUGGUUUACAGAUGAUGGGUCAUGAUGGUCAUGAGUAACGGACUGAGCCAAAUACGCGCAACUACUAUAAUACGCAACACUGUCACUAUUCUACGUUCCGGGACUCGUGAACAGAGCCAAUAAUUUAUUACACAUAUUUCAUGCUUCUCG